GCGACGCAUUUCCGGUUCCUGGGUCGGCCUCGCUCGGCGCUCGUUCGCUCGUCGUGUUGCCGCGUGAGCUGCCGCCGUGGUGCUAGAGAAGGAGGGAGGAGGAUGAUGAUGAUGAUGAUGGCGGAGCUGGCGCAGGGACAGGCCUCGGUAGCAGCAGCAGCGGCGGCGGCGGCGGCAGCAGCGGCGGCUCAGCCCGGGAUGAAGACAGACGGCUUCGCCGACGCUUUGCACCGGGCGAGACAGAUUGCGGCUAAGAUGGGUGGAGACCCGAUGCCCCAUAUGAACCACACUUCUCCUGUUGUCGAUCCUUCAAUUUAUGGCUACGGAGGGCAGAAACGCUCCCUAGAUGAAGGAGUAGGGAACCAGCUUGGUGCAAUGGUACAUCCAAGGGCUAUAAUAACAGAAGACUUCAAAGUGCCUGAUAAGAUGGUGGGCUACAUUAUUGGCCGUGGUGGUGAGCAGAUCACUCGAAUCCAGUUGGAAUCCGGGUGUAAGAUCCAGAUUGCUGCUGAAAGUGGAGGUAUGAUUGACCGGCCUUGCACCUUGACUGGGAGUCCAGAGAGCAUUGAGCAGGCGAAGCGGCUGCUCGGUCAGAUCGUGGAGCGAUGCCGGAACGGGAACGAAACCAGCCAGGACGUCUUGAUUCCGGCCAGCAAAGUGGGUCUGGUCAUCGGGAAAGGUGGAGACACCAUUAAACAACUUCAGGAGAGGACAGGGGUGAAGAUGAUCAUGAUUCAGGAUGGUCCCAUGCCCACUGGAGCUGACAAGCCCUUGAGAAUCUCUGGCGAUCCCUACAAAGUGCAGCAAGCACGAGAGCUGGUAGCAGAGAUCAUCCGGGAUAAGGACCAGGGAGACUUCAGGACUGGACGACUGGGAGACUUCGGCUCAAGGCUGGGGGGAACCAGUCUGGAUGUGGCAGUGCCGAGGUUUGCUGUGGGGAUCGUCAUCGGCAGAAACGGAGAGAUGAUCAAGAAGAUCCAAAAUGAUGCCGGUGUGAGGAUCCAGUUCAAACCUGAUGAUGGAAUCAGCCCAGAGCGGAUCGCUCAGGUAAUGGGACAGCCGGAUCGAUGUCAGCACGCCGUUCACCUCAUCAACGAGCUGGUUCACACAGCACAGGAGCGUGAUGGGUUCGGAGGUGCUCUGGGUCCCCGUGGCCGGGGUAGAAGCCGGGCUGACUGGAACAUGGCUCCGGGAGGGCUACAGGAAGUGACCUACACGAUACCGGCAGACAAGUGUGGCCUUGUGAUUGGGAAAGGUGGAGAGACCAUUAAAAACAUCAACCAGCAGUCUGGAGCUCACGUGGAGCUGCAGAGGAACCCUCCUCUCAACACCGAUCCCAAUGUGCGCAUCUUCUCCAUCAGAGGCACCCCGCAGCAGAUGGAGAUGGCCAGGCAAUUGAUUGAUGAGAAAAUUGGGGCCUCAGGGAUGGGCGGCAGCAGCAGCUUUGGCCUCAGUCCCUUCACCCAAGGACCGAGCAACCCACACCAGAAUGGACCGCAGACUUUCAUGACAGGAGGUUGGGGUACUACAUACCAGACAUGGCAGCCUCAGGGCCAGCAGGACCCCAGUCACAAUGGCUCGCAGACAGGACAGAUGGAUUAUUCCAAGGCGUGGGAGCAGUAUUAUAAAAAGCUAGGUCAGCAGAGCCAAGCACAGAGCACUGGUCCCGACUACAGCAAAGCUUGGGAGGAGUAUUACAAGAAACAGGGUCAGGCUGCAGGUCCUGGCUCUCAGCAGAGCUCCACUCCUGACUACAGUGCUGCCUGGAUGGAGUAUUACAGACAGCAGGGGGCUUAUUAUGGCCAGGGGGCACAGCACUCGCAGGCUCCAGGCCUUCAGGAUCAUUAGGGCGGAUACCUUUUCGUUGAAGAUUUUUGAAUGAAUCAGAAGAUGAAAAACCUUUUGUAACAGAGGUUUCUAGAUUUGCAACGCCUUGAAGACUUUUACUUUUUUUUUUCUUAGUGAGAAACACUAGCUGUAGAAUGACUUAUAAAAUUAAAAGUAAGAAAUAUUUCUAAAUCAGGAACGUUAAAAAAUUGUUACUAAAUACUUGUGUACACCAUUAUUUGAAUGAACAAUAUCCGGGAUUCCUUUUUGGACAAACAGAGCUGUUUUUGUUUUGUUUUAUUAUUUUUUUCUAUUCUAUCUUUUUAAUUCAAGUGAAAUGGCCAAAAUGAAACCCGGAAUUGUGACAUUUCAGCAAUCGCAAUAUAAUCUAUUUUUUCUAGUUCUGUUGCAAUAAAAUCGUAAUUGCUGGCUUAGCAGUCUUGAAUCCAUUUUUGUUUUGUUCUUGUCGUGAGAUGUUUUAAGAAUGUGUAAAAAAUGUUUUUUCUUUCUUUUCCUUUUUACAUAAAGCAAUUUUAAUUCAGUGUGAUAAAAAAAACUGUGAUAUUUUGUUACAGGAAAAUGUGUUCUUUUGUUACACAAUAUGAUGAGUGAUGAUGGCGAACAGCAGUCAAUUCCUAAUUUAAUUCCUCUUGUGUUUUGUAUUCUGUUUUUCAUUGUCAUUUUAUUGUACUCUGGUUUAAAAAAGGUGCAAUAUCUUAUUUCAUAUUUGAAACAAAGAUGGAUUUCUCUAAUAUUUUGACAGAUGUUUAACGUGUAGUUCUUAGAUUUAUUUUUUUUUUUUUUAGGCGUAUGGAAAUGUAAUGGAUAAUUUUUUUAUUACCUUGAUCUGAUAUGGGAAAGGGGGGGGUCUUGCAUAUUGUGAGUUUAUUGCCUUUGCUAUCUUGUAAAACUAUGUAUGUACACUCAGAUACUUGACUAAAUACUUUAUUUAAAUAUAUAUGUAAUUAAAAAUCAAAGAAGUUUUCUUUUUUCCUCAUGGAGUCAUUUUGCAGGAAAACUGUCCCUGUUUUUCUGUCUCUGUUUUCAUACUGAAAUUUUUUCAAAGAUCGUGAAUGUGUAAUUUGAAAUUUGAUGUUGCAUCUUGAUGUUAUGGACAAAAAAAAAUGAGAACUGAUAGGUUUUUAUGUAUGUUCUGUACUUUAACCCAUUCAAGACUGCUAAGCCUCCAGAUCCUGUCUGUGUAUUAAUUGUAGUUUUUUAUAUUCUAAGUAUUAAGAUCAAAGUCGUCUUAUUUGGUACCAGCCGGCUCCCCGACACCCCUCCGCCAGUACACACUGUGGACUCGUGUACAGUCCGAUGCUAAUAACUUUUUAAGUAAUUAUUAUUUUUUUCUUUUCUGCUCUGUGUGAUCUAAUAUAUGUAUGAACGAUUAGUUAUAAAUCAAAUCUAGUAUUAACUUCAACGCUUAAUGAAAAGGGAUAUAAUUUCAGAUGUUUAAUUUUAGUGUUUUGGUUUUUUUUUUCCUUUCCCUCAUGUGUACAGGUAACAGUGUAUUAAAAACAUCAAAAGACUACUUACUGUCUUUUUUUCUUUAUUUUAUUGGUUUUAGUUCUUUGGUUUUUUCUGUAACUUUUCAGAUACACACUUGAAGGGCCAAAAUACCCCAAACUGGACAGUAUCGAUCUCUUCUGAAAGAUGACUGUGUAUGUAAUUCAUCACUUUGUAUCACUUUGGGUGUUUAUAGAAGAAAUCUAUUUUCUAUGCUACUUUAUUAUAACCUUUAACAGCUGAAAUAAAUGGCACACAUGUUA